GUGGUAAGUUGUGGGUGGACCCAAAGAAGCGUGUUAGCAGGGUGAGUUCGCUCGCACACUUGAAUCGGAGGGACUGCAGAAGACGCACACAAGCACGCAAUCGACCAACCAUGGCGGCUUCUGAUCCCAACAAGUUGCUAGCCAAAGCUGAUAAGCUAACAACACUCAGUCUCACGAGGUGGAGUGCGGAUUGGAAAAGUGCUACUGCUCUUUAUGAGCAGGCAGCUAAUGGGUUUCGAGUUGCCAGGAACCAUGAGAAAGCCAAAAUAGCAUAUGAGAAAGCUUCAAAAGGACAAGAGAUGCUUUCAUCACCUUGGGAUGCAGCUAAGCACAUGGAAUCUGCCGCAGCUUUGGGAAAGGAUCUAAGUAAUUGGCAGGAAGUUGGGGACUUCUAUCGAAAGGCAUCUGAAUUGUACAUGGAGUGUGGGAGACCACAACCUGCAUCAGAUGCCCUUGCAAAGGCAGCCCGUGCUUUGGAAGAUAGCAUGCCUGAAGAAGCGAUUCAGCUAUAUACAGAUGCUUGUACAGCUCUUGAAGACGAUGGAAGAGAACAAAUGGCCUUUGACCUAUAUCGUGCUGCUGCUAAUGUUUAUAUAAAACUUCAAAAAUAUACAGAUGCAGCAUCUUUCAUGUUGAGAUUGGGCUUGGCAGCUGACAAGUGUAAUGCUACCAAUAGCCAGAGCAAGGCGUAUCUCAGUGCAAUUGUUAUCUACCUUUAUGCUGAUGACUUUAAGCAAGCUGAGAAGUGCUAUAAUGACUGUUCUCAGGUUGAUGCUUUUCUCAGAAGUGACCAGAAUCGUUGUGCUAGCAAGCUACUUGCUGCCUACACAGAUGGGGAUGUUGAAGAAAUCAAACGUAUUGCUCAGUCGAGUGGUAUUUCACAUCUUGACCAUGUGGUUACCAGAGCCAAAGUAAAUGUAUGGGGGAAACAGCUGAUACCUGUUGUCUACUCUCGCAAUUCUGAGGAAUACGGCCGUCCUAUGUUCCAAGGUGCCUCGGUUCUUGACAUACAACCUGAGUCUCCUCAGUUUAUUUAUUAUCAUUAGGCUUGCGAGGAAACUUCCAACAGGUGACGUGAAUGCAUUAAAGGCUAAGAAUGCUGCUGAAGAAGAUGACCUCGAUGAAGACGAUCUGACUUAAACUCUGGUUGUGUUCUUAUAUGUGUUUAUUUAUAGGAGUGUUGAUGAACCUAUUUCAAUUUGACGAGUAAAUUGAAUUGAUCAGUAUAUAUUGGUUUUUGUAUAAAAAUAUUUUGUUUUCUUGCGUGUAAUGCAGUGCAGGUAAUAAGAGGAGAGCUAUUUUUUUUUUCA